AUGUCACAGGAGAUAAAGCCACGUUCCACUGAUGACGCUCUGGUGUUUAGUGUUGGCUCCACCACAGAUACACAGGUCUACGACAACUGCCCCAGAGACACCAACAACUGCACCAGGGACACUGACAACUGCACCAGGGACACCAACAACUGCACCAGAGACACCAACAACAGCACCAGAGACACCGACAACUGCACCAGAGACACCAACAACUGCACCAGAGACACCGACAACUGCCCCAGGGACACCAACAACUGCACCAGAGACACCGACAACUGCACCAGGGACACCAACAACUGCACCAGGGACACCGACAACUGCACCAGAGACACCAACAACUGCCCCAGGGACACCAACACCUGCCCCAGAGACACCGACAACUGCACCAGAGACACCAACAACUGCCCCAGGGACACCAACACCUGCCCCAGAGACACCGACAACUGCCCCAGGGACACCAACAACUGCACCAGGGACACCGACAACUGCACCAGAGACACCAACAACUGCCCCAGGGACACCAACACCUGCCCCAGAGACACCGACAACUGCACCAGGGACACCGACAACUGCACCAGAGACACCAACAACUGCACCAGAGACACCGACAACUGCCCCAGGGACACCAACAACUGCACCAGGGACACCGACAACUGCACCAGAGACACCGACAACUGCCCCAGGGACACCAACAACUGCACCAGAGACACCGACAACUGCCCCAGGGACACCAACAACUGCACCAGAGACACCAACAACUGCCCCAGAGACACCAACAACUGCACCAGGGACACUGACAACUGCACCAGGGACACCAACAACUGCACCAGAGACACCGACAACUGCCCCAGGGACACCAACAACUGCACCAGGGACACCGACAACUGCACCAGAGACACCGACAACUGCACCAGCUGGAGAAAUCUUCACCCUUUUAUCUGCUCUGUGACUGGAGGUUGAUGAUGAUGUUUCACCAGAGAAGAACAGGAGAGAAUGUUGAGAUGAAGUUCAGUCCAAUGUCAGAUCAGUGAGAGCCUGACUGGUGGCACGUCUCCAUUAGUGGCAACAUUAAUUUCCCAACCUGGUCAAGACAACAGUGACUGGAGAGAAGAGCCAACACAGAAGGCUGCACCACAAAUGACUGCAUUGAUUAUGUUUAGAAAAGGCAAAUAUUUCCAAAUAACAAACACGUCAGUUUGACAGUUAAAGCUCUUACAGAGUCCACAGAAGAAUGGAGCAGCAGCAGCAGCAGCAGCAGCAGCAGCAGCAGCAGCAGCAGCUGUGACCUGCAGCGUGUCGUCCAUGUCUGAUAAACACCAACAUGAGAACACACACACGCACACACAUUUGUAUGUGUGAGUAUCGGUGAUUCCGUGUGUGUUUGAGCAGCACCAGGAGUCAGACGCACACACACACACACACACACACACACGGUUUGCUCUGCUGUUGACGCCUCAGCAAAUCAAUACGUGCAAUUCUCGAGAAAUACCGUAUCACCAUGGCAACUGGGCCUCCUGCCCUACGGUGAGGAGAACUGCAGAGCAUGUGCUCUGGUUUUUGCUCCACACUUCACUCGUCUCCCACAGAGUUUUGUGUAAUUACGGUGGCAGAUGAGCGACAGGGCGGUUUUAGCCGCGUCGUGUUCGUUACAGGAGGUUGGGACGCGACCAUGUGACCUGAGGUGACGUUGACUCUCUGUGCCUGCGUGUGUGUGUGCGCCUCAGUGUUUCAUAGUAUUAGUAAUUUUU